CUCUUCCAGUUCUAUUGUAAUGAAUCUAUGAAAAAGCAUUGAAUUUGGAAUUUGGCCUUGGGUGCAAAUCCUGGCUUUGUUACUUACUAUGUUUGACCUCAAAUAAUUCACCUAGUUUUUCUGGGCCUGUUUUUCUAUAAAAUGAAGAUAUAGCUUAAAUGAUCUCUAAGAUCCCCUCUAGCUUAAGUCCUAAGAAGUCCCUCCUCCUUCCCCUCUCCUAUAUGACUGUUCACCAUCAGGGUGAAUGUUUUUGUUACUUACUGUUGAUUUUAUUUUGUCUUUUCCCUCUCUAUUAGUACCUCGGAAACUUUCCUGUACAAGGUUCUCCUAGGGGCCCGGCAGCUGGUGAAUCCUGGGCCUCAUGCCAUGUAUGCUCGAGUAAAAAGGGUGGAAAGCAAUCCCCAGUAUCAGGGCAUGGCCUCAAGUGCUGAUGUGGCCCUGGUCCAGUUGGAGGCUCCAGUGACCUUUACUGACCAUAUCCUGCCUGUGUGCAUCCCUGACCCUGAAGUCAAGUUUGAGGCAGGGAUGAAUUGUUGGGUCACAGGCUGGGGCAGUCCCACCGAGCAAGAUAACCUGCCUAGCCCCCAAAUUCUACAGAAGUUGGCUGUGCCCAUCAUCGAUAGACAGAAGUGUAACAUCCUCUAUAACAAGGACUCAGACAAUGGAGUACUACCCAAAACCAUCCAAGAUGACAUGUUGUGUGCUGGUUAUGCAGAAGGGAAGAAAGAUGCCUGCAAGGGCGACUCUGGAGGACCCCUGGUCUGCUGUAUUGGUCAUUCUUGGCUACAGGCUGGAGUGAUCAGCUGGGGAGAAGGCUGUGCCCGCCGUAACCGCCCAGGAGUCUACAUCCGAGUUGCUUCCCAUUAUGCCUGGAUCCAUAGGAUCAUCCCAGAAUUGCAAUUCAAAUCUGGCUCUGAUAGGAAGAGAGGGCCCCGGGGUGAGCUGACAGAUCUGCCAAGCUUUGCUUCUGGCCUGAUUGCCCACACCCUACUACUCUGCCUCACUCUUCUGCUCACCUUUUGAGUAGAACUAGACCCACUAGAGCCAGGGAAGAGGUUCUGCCCCUGUAUUGCCCGCCCAUUUCCUGGCCUGCCCCUUUAGCCCAUGAGAAUGUGAACAAAGGGGAAUCUGCAAACUUCAGAUCCCAGACCCAGGAGCUAGUGAAAAGGACCCUACUCCCAUUUUACUAGGAGCAUGCUCCUUCUGGGCAGGCUGGCACUGCAGGGAGUCCUCAGGGCACCAUCUUCCCUUCACAAGCCAACAAACCAACCAAUGAUGUAUAUUUGUAAAUAUCUCUUCUGUUCCUCCUAUCUAUUUUUAUUAUAUUCGCCCAUUAAUAAAACCUAUACUCUCCA